GAAGAGUUCUUGGUCUUGUUGUGCUGAGAGCAGCAGGCUCAUUGGCUCAUCCAAGGCCCGGGUACUGUCUACAUUAUCCUUGCCAUCAGGGCCUGAUGCUGCCCUAGGUCUGACUAGGAGAUCCACCUCACCUUUGGCUGUGGCAGGACCAUGAGGACUGGGAGCCACCGUCUCCAUCUGGCCUUUCUGUUCCUGUUGCUACUCCCUGCAGAGUGCCUGGGAGCUGAGGGCAAGCUGGCUCACAAGCUGUUCCGUGACCUAUUCACCAACUACAAAAGUGCCCUGAGACCUGUGGCAGACACAGACCAGACUCUGAAUGUGACCCUGGAGGUGACACUGUCCCAGAUCAUCGACAUGGAUGAACGGAAUCAGGUGCUGACCCUGUACCUGUGGAUCCGGCAGGAGUGGUCUGAUGCCUACCUACGAUGGGACCCAGAUGCCUACGGUGGCCUGGAUGCCAUCCGCAUCCCCAGCAGUCUUGUGUGGCGACCAGACAUCGUACUCUACAACAAGGCAGACACGCAGGCGCCAGCGUCGGUCAACACGAAUGUGGUGGUGCGUCACGACGGCGCGGUGCGCUGGGACUCCCCGGCCAUCACGCGCAGCUCGUGUCGCGUGGACGUGUCCGCCUUCCCGUUCGACGCGCAGAGCUGCGGCCUGACGUUCGGCUCGUGGACGCACGGCGGCCACCAGGGCAUGCCGGCGCGCCGGCGCGUGCUCACGUACGGCUGCUGCUCCGAGCCCUACCCCGACGUCACCUUCACGCUGCUGCUGCGCCGCCGCGCCGCCGCCUACGUGUGCAACCUGCUGCUGCCCUGCGUGCUCAUCUCGCUGCUCGCGCCGCUCGCCUUCCACCUGCCCGCCGACUCCGGCGAGAAGGUGUCGCUGGGCGUCACCGUGCUGCUGGCGCUCACCGUCUUCCAGCUGAUCCUGGCCGAGAGCAUGCCGCCGGCCGAGAGCAUGCCGCUCAUCGGAAAGUACUAUAUGGCCACUAUGACCAUGGUCACAUUCUCCACAGCGCUAACCAUCCUUAUCAUGAACCUGCAUUACUGUGGUCCCAACGCUCGCCCGGUGCCAGCCUGGGCUCGGGCCCUCCUGCUGGGACACCUAGCAAAAGGCCUGUGUGUUCGAGAACGAGGAGAACCCUGUGGGCAUUCCCAGCCAGCCAAGUCAUCUCCUAGCCCCCUGCUUCCUACUGUCCCCCCAACAGGCCCUUGCCACGAGCCUCGGUGUCUUUGCCACCAAGAAGCCCUCCUGCAUCAUGUAGCCACCAUUGCCAGCACCUUCCGAAGCCAUAGGGCUGCCCAGCGCCGCCAUGAGGACUGGAAGCGCCUGGCUCGUGUGAUGGACCGUUUCUUCCUGGGCAUCUUCUUCUCCAUGGCCCUGGUCAUGAGCCUCCUGGUGCUGGUACAGGCCCUGUGAAAGGCUGGAGCACCUCCAGGCAGGGAUGGCAAAGGCCAAGUUAGUUGUUGGUCCUCAGAUAGACUAAUCCUUCUCUACUGCUGUUAAGAAUCUGGAACACCCUGGCCCAGCAUACUAACUUCACAACCCAUGAGAACUCUUGUUGUCUACAAAUUCUAACUAAGGGAAAUCCAGAGCCUGCCACCCACUAAUUCCUAAAGUGUAGCCAGGCGCUGAUGGCUCAUGCCUGUAAUCCUAGCUACUAAAGAGGCUGAGAUC